ACCGGUGAACUCUUCACCGUUCGUGUUUCUUGUUGCUCAUGAGAAGCCACCAAUCGUUAUAUAUAGCCCGAGUGAACUCGGUGGUAGCAAAUGAGCAUCGCAUCUGCAAUUCUGCAUCCAAUCCUUCCUCCCUGCGAGUCGCGGGCGCGUGUCACUCACGUUUGCUUCGCUGCGCUGUGAGCUUCGCCAAGCCAGGAACGGAACAAUGGCGAUCCUGAAGAGGCGUUCUUCCACUGACACCGACACUGACAGCACCAAGAGCUCCGCGGCGGCGGCGGCGGCCGGAGGAGAGGCUAGUGCUGUGACGGCGGCCAGCAGCCUGAGCGACGACAUGCUGGCGGAGAUCAUCCUCCGGCUGCCCGUCGAGUCCGUGGCGCGGUCCAAGUGCGUGUCCAAGACGUGGUGCGCCACCGUCGCCGACAGCUACCUGCGCCGCAGGCUCCCGCUGCAGCUGUCCGUGGUCUAUUUCCCCGAAAACGAUGACGCCGGCUCCGCCCGCGGCAAGGCGCGGCCACGGUUCGCGUGCGCGGACUCCGCCGCCGCCGACGGCGGUGUCGGCCUGCUCCGGGACCGCGACCUCUGCUUCUUCCCGUUCCUCGACGUCUCCGUCGUCUGCGACGCCUGCAACGGCCUGCUCCUCCUCCGCGCCGCAGGCACCAAAAGGUUCUACGUCGUGGACCCGGUCACGAGGCGCUGGGCCGCGCUCCCGCCGCCGUCGAGGGACCCGCGCCUGUCCAUGCUCGCCUUCGACCCCUCCUCCCCGCGCCGCGGCGGCUACCACGUGGUCAACUUCACCGGCCGGUGGCGCGACCGCGGGGGCGAGGUGGAGGUGUACUCGUCGGAGACGCGGGCGUGGUCGCUGCGCGACGCCGAGUUCGGCGUGCCCGCGGCCUCGCUCUCGGGCUCCGUGCAUUUCCACGCCGGCGCCGUCUACGUCCUCGCCUCCGACCCGGACUGCGUCGUGCGCAUGGACGUCACCGAGGCCGGCAUCGCUUGCGCGGUCGCCGAGCUCCCCGAGCCCGCGGACGGCGGCGGCGGCGGCGACGGCCGCCUUGCGCACUCCGCGGGGCGGCUGCACUACGUCGCCACCGACGGUGCGCUGCGAGUCAAGGUCUGGGUGCUCGACGGCGAAUCACCAGCUGAUGCGCUCCAGUGGCGGCUGAAGCACGCCGUCAAACUCGGCGACGUCGUCCAGCUGGGGAAAAAGUGCGGCUGCGGCAGGGGAAGCGAGGCCAGGUUCCUGGCGCUGCACCCGGAGAAGGACGCGGUGUAUGUGUGGUCGGCGGGGAAGCUCCUGGAGUAUGACCUGACGAGGAAGGAGGUCGCCGGAGUGUGGGCGUUUGGCAAGGGCGAGAAGAAUCGUGUCGUCAAGACGUGGCUUGUCCCGUCAUCGAUGUACCUGUCCGACUGCCUGCCUCUGGCUGAUGCAUAGCAUGUACUGACAGAUGUAUUUUGUCUCUGUAUUUAUCCUAAUUGUUGUACAGGACAAUUUGAUGAAGAGUCUAAA